AUGUACAAUUUCUUUCCUUUACAGAAAAAUACUGGUCAACGGUCAUCAAAUCUGGCUUCUCUUGCACUAGUAGCAACUGCUACUGGGUCAGCUAAACACAAUAUCAAUGAGGGUCUUUCAGUCAACAGGCUCUCUCAGGAUAUCUUAAACAACUUCCCUCACUCCGUAGCCAUGCAAAAGCGAAUACUGAUAAACCUCAGGAUUGUGGAAUACAAGCUGGCUGAACUGGAACAUUUCCUACUUACUCAGGGUAUUAGUGAUGCAGUACCUAAACGACAAUCCCCUAAAAAGAAUGCAAGAUGGAGUGACAGUGGAAGCAGUUAAUAAAGGCGCUUUGCUUGACUUC